AUGAAUAGGAUAUUUGGUUAUGGUAAUAAGAAGAGUAGUGACCAGCUAUUGCUGGAGUCCUCCAAGGCUAUGGAUCAAGCCCAGGAUGGCUUGAAUAAGCGUUUAGCUCAUUUAGAAACGCAGAUAUCUCAGGUCAAUGUACAGUUACAGGCGUUACAAAGGAAGAUUGCUGGUACAAAAUCUCCUCUUGCACAGAAACCUUUAAAACAACGUGCAUUGAAGUUGUUGAAUAAGCGGAAGCAGCUUGAGGCGAUGCAGGAACAGUUGGAUUCUCAGUCUUGGUCUAUGAACCAGGCGCAAAUGACAACCGAGAACCUCAAAAACACUAUGGUAACUGUAAGUGCAUUGAAGCAGACUAGCAAAGUGCUAAAACAGCAGUAUGGUAAAAUAGACGUAGACAAGCUCCAGGAUAUGCAGGACGAGAUGGCCGAGUUAAUUGAACAGGGUGAAGAGCUCCAGCAAGUUCUUGCUACCAAUUACAAUGAUAUUGAUGAAAUCAGUGAAAGUGAGCUUGAUGCGGAGCUUGAGGCUCUUGAGGAUGGCGGGCUAGAUUUUACCCUAGAUGAAUCAAAUGAUGUCGAACUUCCUUCAUAUUUGGGUGGCAUGGCCCCAGCAUUUGUUGACGAACCUGCGGAGGUGGAGCAUAGUGCAAAACUCGAAACUACUAACUAG